AUGGCUUCAGUAAGAUCCGGCAAGGUACUUCCCGACCGGUCCAAACUCGAAUCAUUGGAUGGAUCAAAUUAUCAUCGCUGGUCUCAAAAGCUGUUUAUCUUCUUCGAGCAAUUGGAGGUAGACUACGUCCUGACCACCGCAGCCGCCGACGUUGCCGCUGUCGCUGAAGCUGUCGCCGGAAAUGUCGCCGGAGCUGUCGCUGGAACUGUAGCCGGAGCCGCCAGAGCUGUUGCCGGAGCUGUCACCGGAGCCACUACCACCACUGCCGUUGCUGCCGCCGAUAAAUUCAAGAAGGAUAAUAAGACUAUCCACGAGCAUCUCCUCAACCAUAUGAAUAACUCGUUAUUUGAUUUUUUCGUUACUAAAAAAUCUGCAAAGAUUAUGUGGGACACUCUAGAGUCAAGAUAUGGUGGAGAUGAUGCUGGGAGAAAGAAGUAUGUAGUUGGCAAAUGGCUGCAGUUUCAAAUGGCGGAUGACAAAUCAAUUAUGGAUCAAGUUCACGAGUACAAGAAUUUGGUAGCUAAUGUUUUAUCCGAGGGCAUGAAAAUGUGUGAAAUCCUCCAGACAAAUUUGCUGCUCGAAAAAUUUCCGCCUUUCUGGAGUGAUUAUCGCAAUCAUCUGAAACACAAGAAGAAAGAUCUGACCUUACAAGAAAUGAUUAGUCAUAUGCGCAUAGAAAAAGCCAAUAAGCAAAAUGAUAAGCUCUCUUCUCAACUUGUCAAUUCAGUUAAAGCUAACCUAAUUGAAUCUUCUGGUGUAAAUAAAGACAGGUUCAAAGGUAAAGGAAAACAGGUUGCCCAGGAACGAGUCCAAAAGAAUAAGGGGUUUCAAUUCAAGAGUCCCGAUGGAAGAAUUGAAAAAAUCAAAGAUAUUGUGGAAGCAAACUUAGUAGAAAACAAGUCUGACUGGGUUUUAGACACUAGAGCUUACCGACACUUCUGCUCAAACCGAAACCCCUUUCACGAGUUUCAUGAUUCUACUGACGGCGAAUUUGUCUUCAUGGGUAACUCAGCUACGGUUGAAGUCCUUGGAAAAGGGAAGAUUCUUCUAAAACUUACAUUUGACAAAACUUUAUCUUUAAGUGAUGUUUUGUAUGUUCCUUCUCUACGUAGGAAUUUGAUAUCUGGAAGUUACUGA